ACUUAUUUAUUUUACAAAACAUAGGUUAAUCUGGAGCUGUCACUUGAUAUGUUUCGAAGAAUAACAAUCAUAUCUUACGUUACGAUACAUAUUAAUAAUUAACUGUUUUAUUGCUUAUUUUGAAAACAAUAAAAUGACUUCCAAGUCUGAAGUCAUGUUGGAACUUUACAUUUUUAAUGGCACGUACGCUAAGAAGGAAGGAGAGGAAGAAAAGAAAAUAUUAUAUUAUUAUCCUGAGAAAGAUUUAGAUGUUCAAAUCAAAAACAUAGGGCUCAGCGAAGCAAUAAUUAAGUUUACAGAAUCGUUCAAUCCUGGUCAACCUUGCGAUUAUUGUCAUACCCACAAAACACGUCAAAUAUAUUAUCAACCAGAGCCUAAUUUUUGGAUGGUUAUGAUUGUUGGUAUACCAUAUAUUUAUAAAGAAGAUGGUAACAAAUAUCAAAAUGAUGAGGUAUCCAGUAGCAUUUGCCAAGCUAUAUUGAAACAGACAUACAUGAUGUUUAGAUUAUUCAUGGGAUCCUUUGAAACGAUCAUUAAUGAUCCUGAAUGUGGUUCUGUAAUGUUAUUGAAACUUAAGCUGGAACACUUUUAUUCCAGAUAUCUGCUCUCGUUAAAGUUAAAUAAUAGCGAUAUUUUAGAUAUUUUUCAAGGUUUACAAUUUUUACCUCUUGACAAGAUCACAUUUCUUAGAGUACAAUGUUUCAUGAAUCUAGUAGAAGCUAUGUUUACGCAAAUAAAAUAUACAGCGUUUCUUUAUAAUGACCAAGUUGUUUGGAGCGGAUUGGAACCUGAGGAUAUGCAAGUAGUUUAUAAUUAUUUAGUAAGUACUCUUCUGCCAGCUCAUCUUGAAAAAGAAUUACAUGGUGGUUCCAUACCUAGGAAUUCUCCUUCACCGUUUACAACUUCGCAUUAUGGAAAAUUUGUAACCGGGCCUGCUAGUGUUAAUGAGCCUAAUUUAAUUGGAAAGUCGCCAAAAGUUUUUAUCAAUUACUCUACCAAACCUAUAUCGCUGUAUCUAGUAGUAUAUCGAGCCUUAAGUGCUACGAUAUGUCUUUUUGUUGAUAAGAAAACUAGUUUAUUAAUUGAUUUUUUCAAAAGCUUAGAUAGCUUUUUAGGUCCACAGUUAACCACGUUAGUCAGUUCUGUAGCUGAGCAAUGCUCUAAACAUGUAACAGUUACAUCGGAAUCCUGCACCAAGUAUCUGUAUUUCAAUAAGCUAAAUCUAGCUUACAAAAGUACAAUACAUUUAGAUAACAGAUGUUGCUCUAAUGUACUUACGACACCUGAAGUGUUAAGAAUUAUUACUGAUAUAUACAAUGAUAAAAAUAGAUUGAAUGAGGCUGGAGAAAUAAUUAUAAAGACUAUAAGUGAUUAUUGGAUUGUUGGAAAAUUAUCUAAUUUGAGGGAAUUUUUUGUUAUUAUACAGCAGAAAAGUGCAAGUAUUAUAGAAAUUGAUGAUGAAGUGAAGAGACUUUGUGAGAAACAAUUAAAAAGUAUUUUUUUUCAUUAGAAUAUAUAACAAUGAAAUGAAUGAAAUCAUAAACACAAAUUCUCUUAUUUUUAUAAAUAAAUAAGAAAAUUUUAGGCUAAAUAAUUUCAUUAACGAUAAAACAAGUUUCUCUUUUAUUUCGCUAAUUAUUUAGCAAGAGCCAUAUGCAUUCUAUGAGAUAAUAUCUUAAUUAUAAAAAAUUGUAUACUUUACACGUAUUAUAUAACAAAUUAUUAAUUUUUGUUAUAUAUAUAUAUAUAUAUAUAUAUAUAUAUAUAUAUAUAUAUAUUUACGUAUAUCUUUUUGUAUUAUUCUCUACUACGAAAAAUGGAAUUUUUGUCUGUAAAAUGGUAUUGUGCAGACGGUACAUAAAUAUAGUAAACUAAUGUCAUAAUCUAUCGUGUAAUAAUAAUCAUAUUAUAUUCUGAUUAUAAACAAGUUGUAUAAAUCAAUUGAAAUGUUAA